AUGGAAGUUUUUGACGAUUUUAUCUCAAAAGUUGAUCUCGUAGAUCUACCGCUAAAAGGAAGGUGCUUUACCUGGUCUAAAUUAGACGGUUCCUCUAUGAGUCGAGUUGAUAGAUUCCUCGUAUCAGAAGGAUGGAUGCACCAAUGGCCAAACCGUGUUCAAAUCUGUUUGGAGAAAAGUAUCUAUGAUCAUUGCCCUAUUAUCAUCUGUGAUAAAGAGGUGAAUUGGGGCCCGAAACCAUUUCAUAUGAUUAAGUGUUGGAGAGAUCUUAAAGGGUAUCACAAUGUCGUGGAAGAAAGCUGGAGACCGUUGGAGAUACAAGGGAGGGGCGGAGGAUAUGUAUUGAACGAAAAGUUCAAAUUGAUCAAAGGAAAUUUGAAAUAG